CUUCAUUUGUUGUCACGGAAAGUAAUUCUAGGCCAGGGUGUUCCUCAGAAGUACAACUAUCCCCCCUGGAAACUUUUCGAAAAUCACCCUGUUGCCGCUAAAAUCAAUCCACUUCUGUCCUACAGUCUAAAGGUUCAGUCCGGCCAUAUUCCGAAAUCAGAUGAAUUCAGCGAAUUCAUUCUCUCCAACUCUAGCUUAGCAAUUUCAGGUUUGCUCCAGUAUUAUCUUUCUUCUGUUGGAAUAGAGUCCACCAUUGUAUUUGGUAUUCUACAAUGGGAUCCUGAGGCCAGAUCUGAUGCUGAUGAUUUUGAGGGCACCCCUCAUAUUUGGCUUCAGGUUGACGGAGUUCCAAUCGACAACGCUCACGUCGCAUUUCCACCGAAUGCCGACAAUUUAGAGUAUUUUUUUGAAUGUAAGAAGAUGAAUUCGUAUUUAGCUGAGAAUCCUCUCCAGUCCAAAAUGAAACUGUUCUUGGGACAAGAUAGUGAUGAAGAUUCAAAGGAAAUCCUUCGUCAUAAUCUACGAGUUCUUCAAACUUAUUCUUUUCCAGGCCAUGUAGAGAAAUAUCUUGUCGUCUCGUUGAAAAAUCCAGAAUUGAACCCUGGAUUGCGUAUUUACCACUCUCUAAUGAUUGAAUUUCUAAAGAAUAAUUUUUCUGUUUCUCCGACUAGUCUAGAGGAAAAAUUAGCUAAGAAAUGCUGGGCCUGUAAUAAGAUAUUUGAAGACCCCGAACUGCUGAAAACCUGCACAGAUUGCAAGAUCGCGAAGUAUUGUAACAGAGAUUGCCAGCGACAGGAGUGGAAGGUGCAUCGACUACUGCAUCAGGAGUUGGAGCACACAAGACGCCUGCUGAAAGAAGAGGAGAGUGAAAUAGAGAAGGAGGAAAAGGAGAAGGAAAAAGUUAAACAAAUGCUUCAAACUAGAUGAUAAACACAAAAAAGGACGAAAACGACGAAAACGACAAAAGGACGAAAAUGACGGAAAGGGAAAAAGGACUUGCAGGAAGAAAAGGACGAUUAAGACGAAAA